AUGGGUUAGAAAUAGGGAAAAUCAAAGUACACGCGUUAAAAAAAGCUAACUAUGAAUACCUCUUAGCUAUUAAAAGAUUUUUUUAAGGGAACUUCAUAUAAGUUUGAAAGAUUUAUUGAAGAAAAUGAGUUUUAGUAUAUCGUUCAAGCUAAAUCAAGCGAGCAUCAGUGCCUUGUAGCUGUUAAAAUUUUUAAGUAUAUGAAUAAUUUACAGUGCUUAGAAGCAUAUGAAUUUGAAAAGAGUACAUUGAUGAAGACUAAAAAUGAAAGAUAUGCACUAUAAUUAUUGGAUUGCUUAUAAAACUUAGAGAUUAAUAUGAGUGGAAUAGUCAUUGAAUUUUGCGAUUGCAGCCUUUCCGCAGUCUCUAGUUUGAAUGCAUUUAGCUUUUAGCAAGUUUUAGCACUUACAUAUCAACUAAUAAGAGGAUUAUAAGUACUUUAAUAGCAUGGAAUAUUCCUUAAAGAUGUAAAUUCUGACAAUAUUUUAUAUAGCUGGAGAAAAAACAAAUUCAUAAUUGCUAACUUUUCUAAACAGCAAAUGUAAUUAGAAACUUCAUUAUUGUAGGAAGAAAAGAAUGAUGAUGUUUUUUCUAUUGGUCGAAUAUUAAUCGAAGUAUUUCUACAAAGAUCUUUAUAACCUCUUGAAUGCAAUAAUCUCAAAACUUAAUUUAUUUUAGAAGCUAUUCCUGAACUAGUAAAUCAUCAACACAUAAACUUUGUCAAAGAUAUUUUAGCUAACAUGGUAAAUCCUAACUAAAAAGAGAUAUUUUAACCUGUUUAGCUCCUUCAUACAUUAAAUAACUAUCUAGUUGAUGAAUUAUGCUUGUAAUCUUUGAUAUUACCUGCUCUUUCGAGUGAAAAUUCUGUAUAAACUCUAAAAAAAAUUAAAAUAGAAAACUUCAAUGACUUAAAUAAAAUAAAGGAAUACUAGGAUAUCUCCAUAAACUUACAGAAUUAUAAUAUAUUUUCUAAAGAGGCAAAAACGAUUGCAGAACAUAUUGAAAAAUGUAGUAGUGUUUCUAAGCUAACUCUUAAUUUAUUAGGUAAUUAUAUUUUUGCAGGAGGAGCUAAAAAGAUUGGAAGUAGUUUAGAAAAAUGUGAAAACUUAGCAUACUUAAAUCUAAAUCUUUAAGGUAAUCAUAUAUAACCUGAAGGGGCUAAGAAUAUAGGAAGUAGUUUAGAAAAAUGUCUAAAUUUAUGUUCAUUGAAUUUGAAUUUGGUAUUAAACGAACUUGGAGUUGAAGGAGCAAGAAAUAUAGGACUUUGUUUGGAAAAAUGCUAAGGUCUUCAUGAAUUGCAUUUAAAUCUUUUGGGAAAUUAUAUUGGAUCAGAGGGUGCUAAGUACAUCGGAAACAGUCUGGAGAAAUGUUAAAAUAUUACACAUUUAGACCUUAAUCUAUAGAGCAAUUAUUUGUUUGUAGAAGGAACAAAAAGCAUUGGUAUGAGCUUGCAAAGAUGUUAGAAUAUAACAAAUUUAAAUCUUAAUCUUUAAUUAAAUGAGCUUGGAGUGGAAGGAACAAAAUACAUUGCAUAAAGCUUAGAAAAGUGCUAGAAUAUAUAAUUUUUGAGUCUUAAUUUAUGGAGAAAUUACAUAAGCUCAGAAGGCAUUAAGAGUUUAGGAAAGAGUUUGGAGAAAUGCCAAAAUAUAACUUCACUAAAUCUAAAUUUGCAGUUGAACGAAAUAUGCGAUGAAGGGGCAAAAGGGUUUAGAAAAAGCUUAUAAAAUUGUUAAAAUAUAACAUCUCUUUUUUUGAGUCUUCAGAGUAAUUAGAUAAAUCAAGAUGGGGUGAAAAAUAUUAGAUACCUUUCAAAAAAGUGUUCAAAAUUAGUAGAAGCAGCUUUCUAUUUUUGA